UCAGAAUUUCCUCCUACAGUCAUGUGAGUUUCUAAGGUUAAGGACACCUACAAAAUAAAACCGAAAAAGCGAUAGAUCUGUAUAGAGUUUCGAGAAAGUAACAAACCCAUUAAAUAUGGGAUGCUGCUUUAGCAGUGAAGAUGAUAAAGACACACUGACUAAUGAACCAGAUGAAACAACUAGACUUAUAAACCCUGUACAAAAUCAUUCUCCAAGAUCUGUUUUUAGUUGUUGCUGGUGUUGUUAUGGUAUCAAAACAGAAGAACCAAAACCAGUCUUUACAGAACCUCCCCAGCCCUAUAAUCCACCUCCUAUAAUACAAACAAUACCUAGUGGUCCAAGCAGUGAGCCAGCAAUAAUAAGUCAUCCAAAAGGAGAUGAACAGUCAGCGUUAGAAAGAAUAUUACAGAAAACGGCAAGGGAUGUGAUAGAUGUUACAAAUGAAAGUAACUUAGUAGAACAAACAGAAUAUCAAGAGAGAACUAGACAGUAUAGCAACCGAGUUAACAUGGUUGUAGGCGGCAGUAGUCGGUUACGACAGAAACCAAAUCUACCUAAUUGUGUAACAGCUCCACAGUCCGUGCUAGCCAGUAAACCUAUUUCAUUACAUGAUAUUCAGUUGAUAACUAAUGCUACUGAGAAAGCAGCUAGAUGUAUAAAAGAGAUUAAAGUUCAGCAUAAAGAGAAUUUAGUCGUACCGUUCGGUGUUCCAUGAUAGUUAUUUGUUAUAUUAGGAUUUAUUGUUAAAUAUUCAUUACUGCACAUAUGUACAUAUAUGUAUUUAUGUAUAUAAAUGUAUGAGAGAGUGUAUAAAAUGUGGGAUAUAUUUCCAAUUGAAGAGAAGAAUUUUGGUAUGUUUGUAUGAUUGAAGGUCAGAGUUCAUCAUGUUCAUUGAGUGAAAAUCUAAUGAUCGAAAAUGUUUAUUUUGUUCCACAGUCACUAUUGUUUAUAAGCAUUUAAUUAAUGUAAUAAGGAUUAAUUUAUUUAUUGUAAAUGAAAUCAGGGUACAAUUUUAAUUCACAAAUUUGUAAAAUAGAAAAACAAACAAAAAAUCUAUUAACAAAAAUAACAUAUACCUUAGGACCUAUAAGUAUUUUGUGUUCCAAAUAUGAACUUUCAUGGUAAAUUCAUCAAUUUUUCUGCCGAAGUCCAAUUGGACAUGCUUAGAAAUUAUCAAUAGAACACAUAAAAGUUUAUUUUGCUAUCUUAAUCUAGCAUUAUAUUUGUUUAAGAUUGAUUCUGCUUGGACUACAUGAAAUGGUAUGAGAUCCUUAAUUGGUACAUUUAGAAAUGUUCAUGCAUGGUGAGCAUCAUCAAGGCAGGAUGUAAACCAAAUCUUGCUCAGAUGUUUUAAAAUAUCUUUUCUUUCAAUAUUUGAUAGCAUCAUUGCAAGAUUUUAUGAUUGCAAAUAAAUGUUUACUAGCUCCAUUAGAGCAGGAUGAGUACGUAUAUUUGUGUACAUCAGUCAUGAGUUUUACUGUCACAUAUUCAUAUUUCUUGUAAAGGCUCUUGCCUUGAUUUAGAACUUUUACGUAUUUUCGUUUUGUGAUACAUGUAUUGAAAUGUCUACAGCGUAAAGGUUCUUUUAGAUGAGAAAUUGCUUAUCCAUACAACUUGCCUUUUAGUUACUGCAUGUCAUUAAAAUGAAUUUGUUAAGGAGAUGUUUGAUACAUACCAUUGAGACAGCAACACAACAACACAACAAAAUAGGUUUACAUCAAAAGCUGGACACAGGGUUUUCUGUGAGAGUGAUAUACUCAAUCACUGGAAAUUUACAAAAGAGAAUCAUGCAUGUAAUGAGUGAUUUUUGAGUGACAUUUAUUUUUCAAGUGUGAUAUGUUUGUUUAAAAAAAUCUGUUGUUAUUAUAUAGAAUGUAAGAUAUUUUUAAGAAAAAAAUGUGAGGUAUUAAAAUACAGGUGCUCAUUCAGAUUUAUUUAUUAACUUGAUAAAUGAUACUUUAAUUUUCUUCAUAAUUUACACAUUUUGGUAGCGUGAAAAAAGUAUGAUGCUUUUGAAGAGAAUGAUAAGUUAAGUAUCAAUAUAUGUUUUUAAUGUAACUUCUAUUAUUUAUCUUUUUAUUCCAAUAAAAACCAUGUGUUGGAAUAAAGUAUAGACUUAUUGAAGACUAAUUUUUGAAAUCUAGAUGUCAUUUGGUUAUUUGUGUCGUUGUGUUGCUGUUUCAAUUACAUAUAUUCCUGGCCCACAACGUCUUUUGUUCAUGAUGAUAAAAUAUAUUCAGUAAUGCAUAACAAAUAUCCAUGAAAAUUACUUAACUGUGGAUUCAUAUAUUUUCAUGGAUGUUUGUGGAUUGAGAAGAAAUGUAUGUUUGUGGACAUUCAAUUCAUGGUUUUAGCAAAACCUGCAUACCUGCCUAAGAGAAAAUUUGUACUUUGUUGAACAUUUAAAUUUGCAGUUCACCUAUAUCCACAAAAUCCAGGAAAAUUGGUUCCUCAAGAAUAUAUAUGAACCCACAGUAUUUAAUGUCAAUGCUAUAUCUUACAAAGAAGUUGAAAAUAGAUUGUUAGUAUACUGUAAAGUGGUUUGGUUUUCGCAGAGUUUAAUUUCGUGAUUUCUAGGACCAAACCUGUUUUUGAGGUUUUAUUUUCAUUUUUUUGUUAGAUUCACAUAAAAUCAAGUCUAAAUGACACCUGUCAAACACAAAUAAUAGUAGCACCUUCAAUUUCACCCUUUGUCUAAGAGGUAAAAGGUCAACCACAAUUAACUUUUAAUCACAUGAUGUACUAUCAAUGCUAUCUUUAAAAAUCUUGUAUCCAUAACCUUAGGUAUGUGGCUGUAAGAUUGCAGGCUACUCUUUUUGUCAUCAUUUGUAAACAUUUUUGGUUGCUAUUAGUUGUUUGGUUACUGUCUCAAUGAUGUUUUCAUUUGAAAACAAUGUGUUGUUAAAGGUAAUUUGUUUCAAAUAUAUAAUUCUAAACAUUUACAGGUGUAUGUUAAAAGGUUAUUUGCAGAAUAUAUUUUUUUUCUUUAAUUAGCUUAUGCCUCAUAUAUUCAAAUGUAAGUAAAUGAUGUUGGUACUAUAUAAGAUGUUUAUCAGAUCAUAUUGUCAUACCCUACUGCAUGAGGAAUGAUAGCUGUAAUAUUAACCAAAAUGUAGUUGUUAGAUAACUAUUUUGACCAUACAUGUGCAUGUUCACUUUAUGAAGAAGAGCUUUAGAUACUUGGUGCAUAUAGGUAAGUGCUGCUUGUAGGUGCAAUUAAUUAUAUUUUAUUAUUUAUUGUAAAUCCUUAUGAUAGAUAUACAGAUUCUACGUUCAUUGUUGGCUGACAAGGAUCUGACAACGACUUGUUCUCAUUUCUUUUUUAAAGACCCUUUGGGGUCCUCUAGUUUUGUCAUAAUGAUACAUGACUUCAAAAAUUGGAAGGCUGAAAUUUCAUUGGCUAUUGUAAUAUUUACAAGAACAGAAAGUAGAACUGAGUGUUUUCAGAUCCUUGUAAGCAAAAUUUUGACACGGGAUCUGUAUUUUGAUUGUUUGUGUAUUUGACCUAAUGUUAUAUUAUAUGAAUGUUGAUUGAUACUGUGUUUAUCAUUGAGGUACAUUAAAUGGGUUAAUUUCGUUAAUUUUAAAUUUCCUGAUUUCAAAGGCCUCACAGAUUUACAAGGUUUUAGUUUAGCUGUGCAUUUUUUUGUUAUCUUUGAUUCUUGAAAUUUAUGUGAGAGCAUAUUUUUUUGUGAUUUUGUCUGAAUCGUGAAAAUUUCCCACUUACCAGUAAGUCAGUAGUGAAAAUGUAUUAUAUUACCUUUUCUCAAAAGCUGAAAGAAUGUAUUGGAAGGCACUUGUAAUUCAAAUUAAUAGCUAUCAAUUUAAUUAAGGGUUCCCAUCUGUUUCCUAUAAGAUUUAUUGCUCAUUGAUUGUAUUCUAAUAUUUUGCAACAGUAAGAAAAAUAGUUGAGUAUAAACCACCAUGCACAAGACUAAUCGACUUUCCCAAUAAUUUUCCUUAUAUUCUUUCUUUUCUUGUUGUAGCACAAUUUAUUAAUUACAAAAUAAGGCUACAACAAAUAGAGAUAAAGAUUGUUAAACACAUUUUUUGUUUGUUUUUGAUUUGUCCAUUAUUUAUUUUUGUAAGCCAGUUAGUUCUCAGAAGAAUUAUAUUUGCCACUUCUAAUAACUAAAUAUCAAACAAUUAUUAUAUAUGAAAUCAUAUGCAAUGUCUUGUUAUAAAGAGUCAAUCAAGGUCAAACAAUAAUUAUAUUUCCUCUACAUGGCAAAAAUCUAAACUUUCAAAGUAAUUUUAUAUCAGACAUGAAAAUUGUAGAGGAAUUAUGGGUCAUUUGCUGAAAUCAUCUAUACGUAUAUUUGAAAAAACAAUCUAGGGUAAGUUGGCUGAAUUCUUGGUUGCAAACAGCAAGAAUCAGGUCAAUCGACUGGUAUUGUUCUGGCAUCUUUUCCGUUCAAAGCUGUUAUAACUUAAUGUAAGAAUAAGUUUCACGCAAAUAUUUAUUUAUUCUGAACAUUCCAUCACUUGGAUAUAAGAAUUGUGAAGCCAUCUUUUUGAUUGUAACUUAUUUGAGGAUAAAAUAAAGAUGUAAAAUAAUAAUUUAGAAGUACAUUGAAGCUAUUACCAGGAUGUUGCCAUUUACAUGUGCAAUAUUUUGUGUGAUUAAUUGUUCUAUUUUUUAUGUCUGCAUCAUAAUCUGUGCUUAAAAUAUAUGUUGGAAGAUGGACAUUUUCACAAACAUUAUUAUGAAUAAAGACUUUUUAUCAAA